AUGACUACACCCACUAAGGAGCCUGCCAUCGACCCAAAGAAGGAGGAAAAAGCUCCUAUUUUGGGAGAAAAGGAAACUGACAAUUUGAAAAGAACGUUAACGGAGACAGAGCAAGAACCUGUUGAUGAACAUACUAAGCGGGUUAAGACUCACAAAGAGGAUGAGGCCGCUUCAAUAGGGAAUUCUGAAACAGACGAGUCAAAGUUAGAUUCGAAAGACGAAACGAAGAAAGGAGAACAAGAUGAUGAAAAGCAUGCUAAUAUCAAAGAAGCAACCAGAGAUGAUGUGGAUAAAGCGAAACUUGGAGAACCGGUAGUAAAAGACGACACAACAGAAAGCUCUGAACAAGAUAAGAAGCCUGAAACGAAGCCCAAGUUCACUUUUGGUGGUUCCUCGGCCUUCAGUUUGGGAUUUGGUGUUACUAAGUCAGCCAACGCAAAAUCUUUCAAGACAAAUGAUGAUAAGGAGAGCGAAGACAGUGACAAGAAGGAGGGAUCAAGCAAACCUUUUGCUUUUGGAUCAGGUUUUGCAUUCGGUGCGGGUUUUGCAGCACUGAACCAAGAAAAAUCUAAGAGCGGCAACAUUUUCAAUAAAGAUGAUCAAGAGACCAAGGUGAAAUCCGAUUCAAAGCCAGAGGAUCACAAGGAAGAGGAUACGUCAGAAACUACUCCGGUCGAGAAAGACGGAAUUGUAAAACUAGAAAAACAGAACAUAGAGUCAGGAGAAGAAUUAGAGAAAUCUAUUUUCCAAGCAAACGCCAAACUGUAUCAAUUAACAAAUCUAGAGGAAGGAUGGAAGGAAAGAGGAGUUGGCGGGCUGCAUGUGAAUGAAAAUCCCGAAACGGGCAAAUCUAGAAUUGUAAUGAGAUCACGAGGCUUACUUAAAGUAAUCCUGAAUGUACCUUUGAUUAAAGGAGUGAGUGUUCACAAAGGAUUCCCAGCAUCACUACAAGGUGAUAAGUUUAUCCGCAUAAUUACGGUCAAUGAGGAAAAGACCCCGGUGCAAUAUGCUUUAAGGACCAGUAAAGCGGAAAUAGCUGAGGAGCUAUACAAUAGUAUUAUCAAACUACUGCCUUAG